AUGGUUAACAAGCACUUGCGAUGCGCGAGCAAGGCCGCCGAGAGCGCGUCCGCACGUCUCUGUGCGGACGCCGAAGCAGAACCCACAGCAACUAAUGUCUCAUCUGUUGCUGAAGCGACUCAGCCUGUGUCACUUGGUGAUGCAGGCGCUGGUCAUGAAGACACUCAUGUCUUCACAGAGUAUGAGCUCGGAGUCUCAUACUCUCCUGAUACGGAAGACGGAUCCGUAUCGACGGCGAUCGAAUCCAAGCCGCCUGCCAAGCGUUGCAUGGAUGAUGCUAUGCAUCGUAGCAUCUUUGGUUCAUCUGAAUCAUCAGAUGAACCAUCCCCGAAGUGA